CACAGGGUCUCAUCCCAUCCUCUCUCAUCAUCAAUCUCAAGCGUUCCUCAACUGAAGGGAAAAUGCCGCGCUGUCUCGUAUGUCAGUACGACCCCAUCGAUGCCAUGCUCGUGGCCGUAGAAAGAGAGCACGAAGCUAGAAUAGAGAAUCUCGGUAAUAGCCCAGUCGUCCUUUCAGAUGACGACGACAGAGACAGUAGUCCGCCUUUCGUAAUACCUGAAACGGACGACGACGACGACGACGACGAACCCCUAGAUGGACAUGACAAUGCAGACGAAUUGCUCAUGUGGGAAGGGGAUCAGUCGUAUGCAGAUUUCAUUCCUCUGUCUGGUAGGGUUCGAGAUGAAUCACCAGAUGCAAGCCCAGAAUUUCGAAACGAAGCUGAGCCUGUCCAGGGUCGUAGAAUCGUUGAAUUGAGAGAACACGUCGUAGAGAAUCAUCCCUCCGUCACGGAGAGACGAUUCCUUCCUUUCUUUGUCACAGAUGAGGCAUUUGACGGAACGGCUACUAGGUACACGCUUCUCUGUUCCCCGCACGACGACAACGUCGACGAUUUGCGACUCUAUCUACCGAGCAUAGCUCCAGUAAUCACGCGCGUCCUCGAAGCUUAUCCCAUGCCUUUCAAAUUUUGUCUGUGCUCGAAGGCGCUCAUGGUUAAGGACGGAGCCGACGGGUUGACUUCUCAUCUCCUUCACGUGAACCUUCACAUGAGAGUCGUUCAUAACCGCCAAGAAAUCGAAGGCGCGAUAAAUGCUGCCAUCGCAGAGUCCUCGCAACGCGUUGAAAACUAUGCGAGAGAAGGGUCUGGUUUCACCUCGAACGACGUCCAAUGUGUCGACUUAAAACUAACGCGCUUAAAACCGAAGCGGAUUGGAUGCACGAUCGAGCUUCCCGAAAUGUUGAAGAAAAAAACAAAGACUCUCACAAACGUCAAACUUCCACCGAAUCACGAAAACGAGUGUUUCAAGUAUAGCGUGCUGGCACUCUUGCAUCCGUUGAGAAACAAACCAAACGAUUAUGUCAGAUACCACAAAUACAUGAAUCCUUCGAAUCCGGAGACGCGCGUAACGUACUGGCCACCCUGCUUCCCAGUCACUUACGAAGACAUUGCCCUGUGGGAGAGAAAAAACAAAAUCUCCGUCUACAUCUACGUGUUCGACGAGCAGACGAGUUCGAUAUCUACCGGGCGGAUUCCCUGCACGCUCUAUCAGGAUAAAGUCCACCUGCUCGAGGUUAGGGAUCAUUUCUAUGGAAUCAGAAAAUUUAGCACUUUCAUGGGACGAGGAGACUAUUUUUAUUGUGAGAAAUGCACUAGCGGUUAUAGGACGAGAGGGGCGUUGGAGCAGCACGAACGUUUGUGUCGAGACGUAAACGAAGUAAUUCUCGAAAUGCCAAAAGCGGGGGAGAGCGUCUCCUUCACCAAGAUACAGUACAUGCAUCCCUACCCCUAUUUUGCGGUGUUGGACACGGAAAGCAUACUGGAAAAGGACGCGCUCGUUAAGGACGCCUCGAGUGUGCACAGGAUGAGCUCGUAUAGCAUUGUGCUAGUGAGAAGUUGUGAUGGGAAAAUAAUGGACGUAGAUGGCUAUUUGGGACCCAACGCGGCAGAAAAAUGCUUGCUCGCACUAAAGCGAUUUAGCGAACAAAUCGAUAGGCUGAACCGUCUUCCCUCACCGUUGGUCAUGAGUAUGGAAGACCACUUUCGGCACGCGAGCGCUACGCACUGCGAAUUUUGUGGAAUCGAAUUUAACCGACAUACGCGGAAGGUGUCGCAUCACGACCACACCCGUUUCGUAGACCCCGGUUCCUCGAAUUUUGUCGCGACGCUGUGUGAUACGUGUAACCUUACGUGUCGUAACACCAAAGAACUCGUCGUGUGCGUGCACAACCUGCAGUACGAUUUGAGCUCCCUUCUCCGCCACAUGCACGUUCUAAAUCUGGGCGAACCGUGGAUCUUAGCUUCGAGCUCGGAAAAAAUACGAGGGUUCAAUAUUGGAGAUCUCUAUUUCCGCGAUACCACGCAGUUUUUCAACCUCUCGUUGUCUAACCUGUGCAAUUGA